AUGAGUGAAAAUGAAGCUUUUAAAAAGUAUGAUUUUACUGUUAAAAGUGAUAAAAAACUGUUUUAUUUUGAUAAGGAGAUUUAUAAACUACCGAGAAUGCCCUCUGAUAUACUUAAAGAUGAUGAUUAUUUCUAUGUUAUUACGAGAACUGGUGAUUGUUUUAAAAUCAAUAAAGAAACAUUAAAUGUUGAGUUUUUGUUUGGUAUCAUUAAUAAACCUAAACACUGUAAGAUCUUUGAAUAUUCUUUAGGGAUAGAAGAUGAGCUUAAUAGAGUUUUUAUUUAUAAUAAAAAAGGUAAAUUAUUAGAUAUUCUAUUUAAUGUUAAUAAUGUUAAUAAAUUUUAA